AGCUGAAGAGGCGAGCUAGCUGAUAUAUUUUCAGAUAUCACCAUCAAUAAACAUAGCUAGUUUAAAGCGUAGUGUAACUACUCGUUUGUCUAGCCAGUUAACAUAAUAUUUAGCAGUAAAAGAGUAGGGUGUUUGGCGUCAACAAUGGCUGAGUUUGGUUUCAAUGAACACCAUCAGAAUGAGGCCAUCAACUACAUGCGCUUUGCACGCUCCAAGAGGAUCAUCAGACUCAAGACCAUUGACUCCUGCUUCGAGGACCUUAAAGACAGCAGGCUAGUGGAGGAGACAUUCACAGUGGACGAGGUGCGGGACAUGCUGGAUGGGCUGCAGCUGGUUGUGCGAGGGGAGGUCGAGACAGAGCUCAUCAACACGGCCCACACCAACGUGCUGCUGCUUCGGCAGCUCUUCUCCCAGGCUGAAAAGUUCUACCUCCGUCUGCAGACUGACAUAUCGGAGCUGGAGAACAGAGAGUUGUUAGAGCAAGUGGCUGAGUUUGAGAAUACUGAGUUUAAAAACCCAAAUAAGACUAACCAAGAAAUUAGCACGCCCAAGUUAGCACCGCUGAAUGAAGGUGGGGUAUCUGAACUUCUCAACAAGGAGAUAUCAAGGCUACAAGAGGAAAAUAAUAAGCUCAAAGGCAGGCUCCGGACUUUGGAAACCCAGGCCAUGGGUGCGUUGGAUGAGAAGACCAGGGCGGAGAGGGCUCUCAAAGACUUGCAGAAGGUCAAGGGGGAACAGCAAAUGACCACCCGUUCUCAGGAGAUCACUAGUCUGGAGGACACGGUGGCAGCACUGCAGGAAGACUACCAGAAGUCCCUGAGUGUCAACGCUGCCUCCCAAAGAGACCUGCAGGACAACCUGGUGUCUGCCAAACAUGACCUGCUCAGGGUACAGGAACAACUGUCCCUGGCAGAGAAGGAGCUGGACCGGAAGUUCCAACAGACUUCUGCCUACCGCAACAUGAAGGAGAUCCUCACCAAGAAAAAUGAGCAGAUCAAGGACAUCAGGAAACGGCUUUCAAAAUACGAGUCUGAUGAAUGAACCCUUUGCAUCACACAACAAGACACAAAAUGGAGGUUAAAAUACACAACAAGAGGGUAGAAAUGGCCCAAGACCUGGGACUGUCACUCUGGAGAAGGUUUUUGCCCAUUUAUCAUUUAUUCUACCCCACUGCAGGAGGAGGUGCUUUGAACAAAAAAUGUAAUUGAGAAUAUCACCUGUAGUUCAGAACCUUUCAGAAGAAUCGUAUCAUCUCGCUGAUCCAGCAGAUUUUGUAGUCAUUGGCUUUAGGAGAUGAUUGCGGGGUAUUAAGGGUUGGGGGCUAAUCGACAGAGCCUCCUAUGGUCAGUCUCACUGGGAGAAGAACCUUGAAUGUCUCUGUCCCUCUGCUACUCCGUGCUGUCCCAUAUCUAGGAGCUGGAGCUUUGUGUGUUUAGUAGUAGGUUUUCCUCAUUGCACUAUGCAAGUAUUGUAAAGUGGUUGUUCCA